AUGGAUCAUCAUUCGUUAAGUGGUCGGGCGGUAGGAUCGCGCAAAUGGGAGAUGCAGCAACUCAUGCAAGAGUUCCAGGGUUUGUAUACUGAGAAGCUGCAUAGGUUGGAUGAAAGUGCUGCAGCUGAGACUGAAGAAAUAAUAAAGAUGAAGUUGCGUAUCAUGCGUUCAUACGUCGCUGACUUGUCAGAGCAGAACGAGGUACUCGCGCAAACUAUUGAGGAUAUUGAGAAUGAAGCAAAUCAUAGAGUAAGAGAGUUAGAGCGAAGAAUGUCGUCUUACCUCGAUGAUCGGAAUCAAGUUGUGUUUAAGAUUGAAUCAUUGGAAGGAGAAAUUGAUUUGUUGAAGCAAGAAAAUAAACGACUGCAUGAAAAAAAUGAUGAACUACAAUACAAGAAAUCAAACAGUGUCAAAAUUGACCCGAAGAAUGCACACAAAGACAUUGUCAGUUUAGCAAAGUUGAUUCAAACUGCACGUAACACUGGAAAGUGGAAGUUCGAUUCAAUAAAUCUCAUUUCAACUUCACUUCAAGAUCUUUUCGGGGAUCUACACCAACCAGAAAGUACUGCAAAACAGGAUGAAAUAAUAAAUGGAAAAAUUACAAAACUUGAAAGUGAGGUUGCUGACAAGGAUAAAUUGGUGAUAGAGUUAAGAGAAGAAAUAAAAACAUUGUCAGCAGAUAUGGAUCGAUACCGUUCAUCAGCCAUGGACUCUGGUUUCAUCCCCUCCACAUCAAGUACAAGAAGAGCUGAUGAUCUCACUGGAGUAACAGAUAAAGAUGUGAAGAUCAUGCGUCUUCAAUCAGAUCUUCGAAUGUCCAACCAAGCAAGGGAGGACGCAUUGAAUGAACUUGCUGUCCGCGACGGAAGAAUCGAACAAUUUAAAGAAACAAUUUCCUCCCUCAGGAAUGAGAUAAGUGCCAGAGAUGAAGAGGUUGAUUAUUGCUUUAUGCACAAAUUGUCACUUGAAGAUGCUCUCGAGUUACUUGAAGUAAAAGUAAGGGAAGAUCACGAAGAUGCGAGGAAUGCUGAUGAAGAGAUGAUGCAGAUGAGGAGGGAAGUCAACAUCCUUCAUGAUCGGAACGCAAAGUCCAUGGAUGAUCUUGCCCAAUAUGAAAGAUUAGUUCACAGUUUGCAACAAGAACUUCAUGAAGAGAAAACAAAUAGUGUUACCAAUGCUGAAGAGCUUCAACUAUUACAAGAUCGAUUAAUGCAGAAUCACAGCGAUACUAAAGAUUAUCAAAAUACUUUGAGGAAAGAGUUAAUGACAAAAGAAGACACGGUUCAGCGAUUAAAACGUGAAAAUUCUUCGAUGAAAGAACAAAUUGAAAACGUGAAACACGAGUUAAAAAGUAUUCAAACAAUGCACGACAAACUUUCCGAUGAAUUCAAGAAACAAACAGCAGAAAUAAGGAGUUGUAAGGAGAAAAGUUUCGAAGCUGAGAAGAAACUUUCAGCGGUGACGAGGGAAUAUGAACAAGCUGAUAAUUAUCUGAAAGAAAGUGAGGAACAAAUUAAACAUCUUGAAGAUGAACUUACAUCUGCCAAGUCACAGCAUCGUGAUGCUAUGAAACAGGUGGAAAAUCUCACUGAGAGUUUGCAUCAGAUACAGAAGUCAUUCAAGGAGACGAGGGACACGUUAUGUGCGGAGGUUGCGGAUCGACAAGAUGAAGUGAUGAGGAUGGGGGAGAAGAUGGGGAAGCUUAAUCUCGAUCAUGAGACCAAUUUAGCCAAGGUUGUGGAUCAAACUACAGAACUUGAUAAAUUACGCAUAGAGAGAAACAAUCUCUCUGCUCAAGUUGGUGAGAUGAAUAUGAAAAGUGGAGCAUUAGAAGCUGAGUUAAAUGAUUGCAAAAGUAGAUUACAUGAAGCUAUUAUCACGAACAACAACCUUUCUGAUAAAUUAGAAACUCUUCAAACUGAAUCAGAAAGUAAACAGAAGGAACUACAAGAAGAGUUCAGUGAACAGAGAACAUGA